AUGGCUUCUCAGGGCGGCAAUAACGGUAACUUCGACUUCAACGCGGGCGCUGGCAUCGACUUUACAGGAUUCGGAAUGCAGCCUGCCUUUAAUGACUUGAAGGGUGCUGGAGGAGGUGACACUUCUUCGGCCUUCUUCUUCGGCGACGAGGGCAUCGACACGGCUACCACGGCAUUCGAUCAUUCAUUUGACUCGAUGUUUGCGCCCGUCGGUGAUAUGAACGGCACAGCGUUUGGAAUGGAGCCCCUUGGUCUGGAUAACACCGCCAUGGGUGCUUCAUGGAGCACUACGUUCCCCACAACGCCUGCACAGUCCUUCGAGUCAUUAUACACACCUCAACUCAAUAAGAGGCCACUUCAGCUAGAGGUCAAUGACUUUCCCCAGGCGAAGCGCCGUGAGGCAUUCUCUCCCUUUACCACGGCUUCCAUCACGGGAUCGAGCAACUGGGCGCUCGAGACCCAGCCUACUCCAGCAGCCAGCUCUGAUGGUACUGGCUUGAGUGACGAAGCUGCUGACGUCUGUGCGACAUGGUUCAGCAAGUACAAUGUGCUCCCAAGUGACAGACAUAUCGACUCACUAGCCCAGCUCACCGGCGAGUCAGCAACAGCCAUCCGGCAAUGGUUCGGUCAGGCUUUGAAGCAGGGGAUGACCGGUCAGGAUUCUGCAUACAAGUCACAAACGGGCUUUACGCAGGACCCAAUAUUGUUCCCACAGUUAGCUACUACCACAGCCGCAAUCACAUCACAACAACUUGCAAUUCCAGACAUUUCAUGUAACCACGAGACACAGGCGGCGACAACGACGGUGUCUCAGUCACCUUUGCGGGGUGGCAAGAAAGGUUGCAACCCAACAGAAGAUCCAGAGCUACUAAAGCGGGACCCAAACAAAAUCUACCAGUGCACACGAAAGUGCGGAAAGCGGUAUGGACGGAAAUGUGACUGGAAACGGAAUGAAGAGGAAGGUUAUCCCUCGAAAAGCUGGCUGUGCAGCCUCUGUGUUACCGAGGGCGUCGAGCGUGUAAAGCCAUGUUUCCGGAAAUACCAUUUCUCUCAGCACUUUAGGAAUAUCCACCCUGGGUUGAAUUCUGCUGACUACGAGGAGUCUUCCGUGGUACACUCUGACACAAGCCUGCCGCAGGCCGCUAGGAAAUGCGGCUUCUGCAGCCACCGGUUCGUGUCGCGACAGGAUCGCAUCGACCACAUCGCGGAGCAUUUCAAGAACGGCAAGUGCAUGCUUGACUGGAAUGAGGAUGAGUCCAAGGAUUCCGAUGAUAUGAAUGACGAUGACGAUGACGACGACCGACCUGAUAGCGGUGGCUUCGGCAACGGCAAGCCUUUGUUCCCGCCGCAGAACGAUCCACGUGGCUCUGGCUCUGGACCCAAGGACAACGGCAAUGAAGGCAACGGCUCUCAGCCUCCGCAGAGCGGCUUCUACCAGUUCCAGGUUUCACAAUUCGCGGACAGCGAUAGUAGAGGCGCAUCGCCAAGAGUCGAGCAGCACAUUCAACGAGAUCUCUCGGGCAAGCAGCAUAUUAAACGAGCCCUCGAAUUGGAUAGUGCAACGCGCAGCACCAACACAACAGAGUCUGAAAUACCCACCGAUUCAUGCUCCGUGCAUGGCAGGUACGACGCGACAACGAGGGAUGACUCGCAGACUGUGGCCGGAGAUGAUGUCGCCCUCCUAAGCUCUGAUAUCGUCCAGCUUCAGACGAUACCGCCCCGCGUUCCUCCAAGCGAUGGGGAUCCCGCGCCAGAUCGUCUGAAGGCACUGACGCCAGUGACCACUGGUAUGUGUAUUACGCAUUCAGGAGAACUUCACAGAUUUAACCACCGAGCAGGAUCACUGACCCGAGAGACGCAAGACCUUCUCGGUAGUCUCAAGCUCCUCGGUGCCGGCGGCUUUAGUACGGUUGACGAAGUCGUCCAUCGCGAGACGAGCCUACGCUUCGCCCGCAAGACGCUGAAGAAUCGGGAGCGCUCGGCCAUCGAAGAACUAAAGAACGAGGUCGACGUUCUCAAGAAACUUCGUCAUCCUCACAUCAUCCGGUUCGUGGACAGCGUUCAAAAGGGUGACAGGAUGUCGAUCCUUCUUUCACCCGUUGCAGAGACGACACUUGCCGCAUGGCUCGAUACAAAGCUGCAGAACAAGCCGGACGGACUAAGUGAGACCAUCAUCACGAUGAUGGGCUGCCUUGCCUCAUCGAUCCGCUACCUUCAUGAGCAACGACCAGUCGUGAAGCACAUGGACAUCAAGCCCCAGAACAUCCUUGUCAAACAAGGCGAGGAGGCUCCACAUGUUUUCUUGAGCGACUUCGGCGUCAGCUCGAUCGGCGAGAUUACCAGAAACAGCAAGACGAUGCCGCUUACACGCCAAUAUUGCGCGCCCGAAGUAUCUGAGGGUGUCUCACGCGAACUUGCGUCUGACAUCUGGUCUCUCGGUUGUGUCUUCCUUGAGAUGCUCACAGUCGCAUACAAGGAUGAUAACCCGCGCUGGCUUGAUCUCCGCCAAGUAUUCGGUGGUCGCAAGGGCAAAUACUACUGGCAAGAUGUCCCUGCACUGCAAGGCCUGCUGACCCAAUCUCUCGAACAAGCAGCAACUCGAAAUGAAGCCAAUGCGACGAGCACUGUUAAGGAAAUGCUCAGCUCCAAGCCAGCUGAACGUCCAACUGCGCCUAAGCUGACCAUGGUGUUUACACCCGCACCUUGCUGUCUGAGCUGGCCCAACGAAAAGGUCGCAUAUCCUGGACCCUCCGAAGAGCUUCAAACAGUGAAGACCUUUUUCCAGGAAGAUGGCAGGGAUGGCAGUGCUCAUCUGCAUGAUGUCGAUGACCAACAGAAGCAGCAAAGCGACACUGUGACCAAUGCCAAGCGCUGGCUAGAGGAGUGUUCACACGAUCACGAAGCUUGCCGCCACAUCCACCAUGGACAUGUUGCUGGCAAGACCUUACCCACACGUCUGAUUGACAUUUUACCAGAUGGAAAAGCAGGCUUCUCCGUGCGCGUCGUUAACGGAGCGGAUCUAGAUGAACACAACCGUCCAGACUACACAGCACUCAGCUAUGUUUGGGCAGAUGAUGAGCUGAAGCUCUCAACUGCUCGUCUGGAAGCAAUGCAAAGCGAUCUUCCUCGUGACAUCCUACCCAAGGCUAUCAACGAAGCCAUCACCAAGGCGCAAGACAUCGGCUUCCGGUACCUCUGGGUAGACAAUCUUUGCGUACUCCAAGAUUCGGAUGAAGACAAAGAACGCGAAUCCCGCGCCAUGGCAGACGUGUAUCGCAACGCGGCCCUUACCAUCGUAGCAACACAAAAGGGUGUCGAUCAACAAGCGCUUCAAGCCGCUGUCCUCCCCCUUAGCACUUACCUAACGCCAGGUUUUGCCUGGGAUACGAGGGCGUGGUCACUACAGGAACGUCUUCUUUCGCGUAGGUUCCUACAUCUCGGCGAAGAGCAGAUGUAUUGGGAGUGCAAUGCGCUCAAGGCCAGCGAGACAUUCCCCCGAGGACUUGAAUCGUUCCGCCACGCGCUGUCUUCUCUUCUUUGGGAAAAGGUACAUACGCGUGCAGACCUGCUCUCCGUCAUAUCCAAUCCAUCAGGCCCUAACCACGAUGGCAUGCACAAACACUGGAAGUUCGAAGUGGAAGGCACAGGAACCACCAACGACAUCGCCGGAAAAGUGACCGAGUGCAACGCCAACGGGCAAGGCGCCCCAUGCGCGAAUAAGGCGAAAGGCUUUGGAAAGAUGGCGACGCCUCAUCAAGCGCAACGCGACUUUUCUCCGCAUAUACAGCGAGAUUGUCAGUACAUUCGGAAGGAAGGAGAUGGGAUCGGUGACUCUAUGGAGGCCGCUCAAACGCAGCUCCAGCUUGCGACUGCAACUCGGACUAGCGGCGCCGCUGGGGCAAUGCGAUCCCGCCUUGUGGAUGAUCGCGCUGGUUUAGAUGAUUGUACGAAUGGGGUUGGAGACCGAGGUAAUGGAACCGGUGACGAAGGACUGUAUGGGAAGAAUGGGGUUGUGAGGAUGGAGAAUGAUGACGAUGAGGAUGUGAUAGUCUAG